CGUCCGGACGUGAACAGCCAGUGCCGCCGCUGGUGAUUCAGAGCCCAACCCGCACUGGUGAUUGGCAGUAAAUCAGCUGCUGCUUCUCAGUCUUCCGCCUUUCCUCCCCCCAUACCCCCACAACCUCCUGCGAUAACAAUGUCGAUACGAGCGUCAUUACGGCGAAUGUGCCUGUGCAACCCUCGACAGUGCUUCCGCCACAGCGACGGCUCAUGUUUCCCAGUGUGUGGAUUCGCAAAACAAGCAUUCCUGGCAAUACUGCCACUAGGGCUCUGGCUGAUUGCCUUCUCCUGCGCACAAUUCGUACCCUCAGCCUGGCGGCCAGGCAUUUCCGUCGACGUUCUACCCGCCCUUGACGAACUUCUCUUCGAUAACUCCCUUGGACUCGUCUGCUUCGCUGCAGUACUAGUGGCGAGUGGAUGGCUCGCUACCCGAUCCCACCUAUCGACGCUAUUGGUGUUUGUUCCCCUCGUGCUAAGAGGGCUCAGGGAUCUCGCCGCUGUUCCUUCCACAGCGGGAGACAUUCUUGCCUUCAUCCCAUACGGCGUCUUGCACUACAUUUCCCCCUUCCUCUUCGCCUUAUACCUCUGGUGGAGUGCAGGGGCAAAAAUUGCUAUCAUCUUCACACAAGCGAUCGGAACGCAAAAUCUUCUUGGGGUUCUCACACAAUUGUUAUUUCCAACUGCGGCACCAUGGUAUAAUGACAUGUACGGCUUUGCACCGGCCGACUACUCCAUGCCAGGGAGUCCGGGUGGUCUUGCCCGGGUUGACAAGAUCCUGGGCACGCAUAUGUACACAAGCGCAUUCAACAACUCCCCACUAGUGUUUGGUGCUAUGCCAUCACUACACUCCGGCUUCGCCGUGCUCAUUAUGCUCUUCGCCAUGCACAUGUCAAGACGACAAGGAUCUGUACUCAUGAUCUACGUGUGCUGGCAAUGGUGGGCAACCAUGUACCUGCGCCAUCAUUACAUGGUCGACCUGUUCGUCGGCGGUUUCUACUCAAGCGUAACGUACAUGGUCGCGAGGCGCUACCUCGUACGGGCAGCCGGGAACUACCCGGGCGCAACGGAUUACAAGCUCCUCGACGUCAUGCUGGGCGAUCUGCGGGACAUGAAGAGCGAAUCGCUCAACGACCAAGGCUUAUGGGAAAACACCAUUCUGAAGUCGAGGCGAGCAGGGGAUCGCGAUUCGUUAAAAACUGCAUCUCUGGAAGGAGUUGUGGUGGAAGCAUAGACUAGUACUCAUACUCAACGUUGCACUACCGAAACGUUUUGGGAUCGCGUUGAGAACGUGCGGUGCUCCCCACGUCCCGAUUCCCACUCUACCCGACCCACCUACCUUACCUCGCAAUUGUAUAAGGGAGGGCCUUACAUCGCUUUAUUGUUCAUUUUUUCGCUUGAUAAUAGUUUCUUUUUCCCCUUAUUCCCCUCACUG